AUGCUGAUGCGCAUCAUCCUGAGUAACGAAGACAUUAGAAGAGUCACCAUAGACAACUUGCCUGAAACUGUUGAUGACUUCUGCUUGCUUCUGAAGACAAAACUCGGAUUGGAUGGGGACCUUGUGGUUCAGUAUCAAGACCCCGAAUUUGAUAAUGAACUGUCUAACUUGAGCAGCAUAUCAGAGCUUCCUAAAGACAGAGUAACUUUGAAAGUGUACUACAAGUCAUACCACACAGACUCAACCCGAGAUACAGCAAGCCUGUCCUCAUCAUCAUCAUCCCUUGAUGAGAGCCCUGGUGGUAGUCAAACCCGUCAGCUACCUCAGCCGUUUGUCAUUCCUUCCUUUUCUUUUGAUGUUGAGUUGAAACUGAGGCAAGGAAAUGAGGCCUACCACAAAGAUGGGACCCUUCUUGACGUAUCAAAAGACAUGAAAUCGGACAUCUUGGAUAAGUUAGCAGAAGGGAUAUAUGUCCACAACCCCUACCCAAAAUCUGAAGAGUAUGAUCAAGUGGCCCAAGCUCUCAUCAACAAGCAUCCUUGUCUGAGGGAACCAGGGUCUGUCCAUGGGUGGUUUUGUUGGAAGUUCAGUUUGAAGUUUAAAAUGGGUAACUUCAGACAGAAGCUGCGAGUGGCCGGGUGCUCUGAGCUCAAAGUAAACUCUCGUACCUCUGGUCCAGCUGGUCCAAAAAAACUGAAGAGGGACAAAAAGUCAGAGGUGAAUUUUCUGCCAGAUUUUCCAGAAGGGAUGAUACAAAGUAAUCUUGACAUGGACAGAUCAGCCAUGGCCGUUGAGAUGAAGAAAAGAAAAGUUGACUGGAAGCAAAUUGGUGAUAUGAUGAAUGACGCAUUCCCUUUACGGAGAAAAGAGAUCGUUGAAGAUGAACCACUUGUGGCAGAAGUCAAAGAAAGAUGGCCAGCAUUGUUCUCUGAACAGCAGAUUGUAGCUGAAUUUGCUCACCUUACAUCUGUUGACCUGAAAGGCUCCCUAUUUGCUGGGAUUGACCAGUACCUCGCAAGGUUCCUGGAGCUGUACAAAGCCAAGAGUGGCAUAGUGGGACUGACCAGGCUCACAAGACAGGUUGAUGAAGACAAUAGGGGCCAGGAUAGGUUGGAUAACAUUGGAAAAUAA